AUGUCCAAAGCAAGUUGCGACAAAUCCAUCAUUGGAGUAGUGCUUGGCUCUCUCAUUCUCCUCUUUCCGUCACUUGCCUAUCUGAUUGCACAAAUUGUCCUUACAGUGAAAAACAAUGUCCAUCUCGAAGGAAAUGAUCUAGUCUUUUCCAUUCUCACCUACACUGCACUUUCAAUUUUUAUUUUGACAGGUGUCAUUGGUAUUGCAUCCAUUGUGGAUUGUUUUGGAUCCAAUAAUGCAAGCAUUUCUCGUAAAUAUCUCAUCGGAUGUUCCAUUCAUUGGUUCAUUUGGAUUUUACUUUCCAUCGGUGCUGUCAUUUCCUUAAUUGUUGUUUAUUCCUUGCAUUUAGAGUCGAUUUUAAAACAACCAAAUCCAAAUCCAAAUAACAAUUCUUCAGAACUCGAUGAAUAUACCAAACAGAAAAUUCUCGUUGGAACUUGGAUUGGUGUGAGUGGUUUUAUUUUGUUGUGUUGUUUAUUACCAAUUUGUUGUUGUGGAAUUUCGAGAAUGAUUUCUGUGGUGAAAUCCACAACACGUUACAAGAUGGGUGAACCAGGACAGUAUUCGAGAUUAUCCAAUGAUGAUUUGUAA